GAAGGCCUGACGCCGUGACCUUCAUCGCAGCCGGUGCAGCACGCCCCCUGGCGGCUGAGCUCAACCACAGGAAGACGGAAGCAGAUGGCGAACGCUUGCAAACUCAUCGCUUGAAUCACCGAGGAGGGUACAAGGGCAUGAGCUCGGGACUAUGAUUUCUGUGGAUAGCUGAUAAACCGUCAGUGUAUUACCUCUUUACGUCCACUCAGCGUUACUGUAAAUCUUACAUUAACGUUUGACGCAUUUUCAUCCACACAGACGGGAACAGAAUGGCAUCGAUUUUGCUCACCAGAUCUCGGACUCAUUUACUGAAAACAUCUAGGUCAUUACAGAAAGAAUUCAGAAAAGGAAAGUUAUCAGAAAGCACAUGCUUUAACUGCACUGCACUGCGGUUGGCCACAAACAGCAGUUCUGGUGUUCUUGGAGGCAGUGUCUGGCCUCAUGCAGCAUCUGUCCUGUACCUUGACAAUUCAUCAGCACUUCAGCGCCGCUUGUCCGGAUCACCUCGUCUGUACUGUGCCAUCUUAGUACCUGACCCUGCCCUGCCUAUCCACACCCACUCCAUGAACCCCAGUACUCUAGCCUGGCCACAGAACACGCCAGUCCGAUGGCUACAUACUACAGGCCGUCUCCAUGAUGAUUCGAAGGUAGAACGUUCUUUACGUUCACUAAAGGAUCGGAAUAUAAAGCUUGAGGAGGGUGGACCAGUGUACAGCCCGACGGUAGAUGCCGAACCUGUGAGACGGACAAUACGUCAACGUGUGAUUGAUGAGGUGAAGCAUUACUAUCACGGGUUCCGCCUACUAUGGAUGGAUACGACUAUUACGGUACGGAUGCUCUGGAGGGUGCUGAAUGGACACAUUCUGUCACGCCGAGAGAGGAGACAGUUCCUGAGGACGUGUGCAGAUGUCUUCCGGCUUCUGCCCUUUCUGGUCUUUAUCAUCGUUCCAUUUAUGGAGUUUCUGCUUCCUGUUGCACUGAAACUUUUCCCUAACAUGUUGCCGUCCACCUUUGAGACACAGUCCAAAAAGGAGGAAAGACUAAAGAAGGAGCUGAGAGUGAAGUUAGAGAUGGCCAAGUUCUUGCAGGACACAAUUGAGGAGAUUGCACUAAGAAACAAAGCAGCCAAAGGCAACGUUACUGAGGAGUUCUCCACUUUCUUUCAGAAGAUCCGUGACUCGGGAGAAAGACCCAGUAAUGAGCAGAUCAUACGUUUCUCUAAGCUGUUUGAAGAUGAACUGACCUUAGAUAACCUGACACGGCCGCAGCUGGUGGCUCUGUGCAAGCUUCUGGAGCUGCAGUCCAUCGGCACCAACAAUUUCUUGCGCUUUCAGCUUAUCAUGAAACUCAGAGCCAUCCGUGCAGACGACAAGCUGAUAGCAGAGGAAGGAGUGGACAGUCUGAAUGUGAAUGAGCUGCAGGCAGCAUGUCGUGUGAGAGGGAUGAGAGCUCUGGGCGUGACGGAGGAGAGACUCAGAGAGCAGCUUAAACAGUGGUUGGAGCUUCACCUCAAUCAGCACAUCCCCACAUCUCUGCUGCUGCUGUCCCGAGCUAUGUUCCUGCCAGACACGCUGUCCCCUGCGGACCAGCUCAAAACCACACUACAGAACCUGCCAGAGAUUGUGACUAAAGAGGCGCAGGUGAAGGUGGCAGAGCUGGACUUCUCUAAAGUCGAUAACAAAACCAAGCUGGAGGCCACGCUACAGGAAGAGGCAGCUAUCCAGCAGGAAAACAGAGAGCGGGAGCUGGAGAGACUGGCGGAUGCUGCAGAGAAGGAGCAGGCCGCACGGGAGGCUGAGGUGGUGGAGAUGGAAGCAGAACGACGGGUAGAUGCAGAGCAUGCUCUCUCCAGUGUAGACGUGGCUAUCCAUUCAGAAUCACUACGAGAUACUGCACCAGUGCUGGAGGGCAUUAAGUUCGAGCAGUGGCAGAGGUAUCUGCGCAUUCAGGGGGAGGAGAUCACGAAGGAAGAGAUUGACAUGCUGAGUGACGCCUGCACCAAACUGAAGGAGCAGAAGAAUCUCCUCACCAAAGAGAAAGAGGAGCUGGAGGACCUGAAGGAUGACGUGCAGGAGUACAGUGAGGACCUAGAGGAGAUCAAGCGAGAGCUGUCCAGAACAGGACAGGAGAAAGUGGUGGAGGAGUCUAAAGCAAGCCAACUUCUGUCGAAGCGGGUCAACCGCAUGAUUAGCAGAAUGGAUAAGAUCAUCACUGAGCUGGAGAAGGACAAGAUUGUGCUAGAUGGACAGAUGGACAGUGAGACCACACCACCAAUUGGAUUGUUCUUUGAGAAACAUAGUGACUUGCCAAGGGAGAACCUGAUAAGCAUCAACGAGCUCAUUGGAGUCAUGAAGCAGAUCCAGAACAUCCCUGAACACAAGCUGCUCAGCAUCGCAGAUGCACUCGAUGAAAACAAAGAUGGCAAGAUAGACAUUGAUGACGUCUUAAAGGUGGUAGAGCUGAUCGAUAAGGAGGACAUCGAUAUCUCCACCAACCAGGUGGCAGAGAUCAUGGUGAUGCUGCAGAAGGAGGAGAAGCUGUUGGAGAAAGAGAAAGCCAAAGAGAAGGUUGAGAAGGAGCAGGCAGCUAAAAUCCAAAACUAGACUUUCCAUGUAGGGAAUGGAAAAGAUCCUGAAGCUUUUGAAGAUUUUCAGGUUCAUUAAUAUGUGUUAAGAAGCUACAGAGUGAGACUGAAAACAGUGCUGAUGUCCCAUAUUGAUUCAUGUGUGUGUAUAUUUAGAACAAAUAACUAACUUUGCUUUGUUCAAGGAAGACUUGUAUAAUUAAUGAAUUAAGAUGUUUAUUUAUUAAUAACAUUACAAAAGUGAUGCAAUACGGAGCCCUACACAUGACAUAAAGAAAACAAUAGAAAUCAUGGCCACGAUUUCAAAAUGUGUUCCUUUUGAUUUAGGUAAGUAAUCCCCAAGUUUAACUAAAUUAGAAGGAGGGAGCUAAAUAGUACAAUUUAACUAAGAAAGAACGAAUUAAGAUGUGUGAACGAAUUCUUAAUUCAUGGCCAUCAUAUCAUUUAUUAGUCAUGUGUGAGGCACCGAAAGAAAAUUUGUUAAUUUAUUCUCAAAAAGACCCUCUUAAAGGUGAAAUGUGUCAUUUCUGGCACAAAACGGACUGUUUGUUUGAGCUGCUUUGUUAAGCUGGUCAUUAUAACAUCAGCGCAACCAAUUGCAUAAGUUUGGGGUGGAACUAUCUUUGUGUAACAGAAAUGUUACACAACUUCAGCUGUAAGAUGCAAAAAUUUACCAUCUUUUUUCUCAUAAUUUAACACCCUGGCGGUGAUGUAAUUUCCUGUGAUCUGAGGACAUCUCCUCUCUUUGCACAUCACAUCACCUGUCACCAUCAUUCCACUACUCGUCCAGUUUUAUUCUGUUGCAGUUUUAUUUUUCAGUUAAAUCUUUGAGAUUCUUGAAUUUCACUCAGAAGAUGUUGAUAUCACUCUCAAGUCUAUUCAAUAACCAAAGAAGCUGUGUUGCAGAUCUUAUGCUUCAUUCAUACAUGUACGAGCCACCAAGCACUGCGGC